ACGUAGCUGUGUUUGUGUGUUUCCUUUCCUGUGUGUUAGUUCUCCGAAUGCUACUCGAUUCAUGAAUGUAAUGUAUGUAGUGUUUCGAACACCUCGAUUGUGUUAUGUGUUAGGUUAAGUUAUAUUUUAAAAUAUUCAUCGUUUAAAAAGUAUGAAUUGAAUAACAAACGGCAAAAUGCUUUGACAUUUGUCUCGGAGGAGGCAUCUCAUGGAAAAAUCCUACAAGAAGUUUUCAAAUGUGGAAUUCACUCUAGUCAUUGUCACCGAAAACGGCAAGAAAAGUUUUGGAUGUCCUUCCACUUGUUUCAGUGUUGGAAUAAGUUCCUAUUUGAUAACCAGAUUUUGAAGUACAAAGUAUUCCAUCAAUAGUAGCAGCCUACUUUAUGCUCAGCGUCAACCUUCAGUUUCGGUAGUCGAACAAUAAAAAUGAGAGUAUGGAAACCAUUAAUGGGUGCAGUGGUAUCGUUCCGCAAAAGAUAUUGCGGCUUCAUACUUCUCAUUUUGUUAUUCUUCUUUUUUGUGAUCCUGCAUUAUAAUGUUGUUUACAAUCAAAUGCAAAGUUCGUAUUUUACAAAUGAUGGUACUGUAAUCACCGUCCCCGGCUGGGAACUGAAUAAAAGUCGUAACGCAUCAGAUUAUAUUUUCCCAGACGACAUUACAACAAUAAUUUCUAGUAGAAGUAUCUGCUCGAGUAAAUAUCCGCCGCGUAUUUUACUAAUAAUUUGCUCCGGGACAGAAAAUUUUUUGUCGAGAUCAGCAAUACGUAAAACUUGGGCGCAAUCAGCUUAUGAAAAAUUCAACAUCAGUGUCGUUUUCUUGAUGGGCGUGUCGUUGGAUGAAGAAAUCAACGAGAGAAUAAAACACGAAGGUGAAGUACACAACGAUGUGAUUGUUGAAGAUUUUAUUGAUACUUACAAUAAUUUGACAGUCAAAACUCUAAUGCUGUUGAAAUGGGUCAAGAAUAAUUGUAACAACACUUCGUAUAUCAUGAAAACCGACGACGACGUUUAUAUAAACAUGAAUAAUUUAAUACAAUUAAUUGACAGCUUACCGGAGCACAAAACUCGAAAUGUAUUAUUGGGAAAAUUACUGUGCGGUUCAGCGCCAAUAUCGAAUCCGAACAAUAAAUGGUAUAUGCCAAGCUAUAUGUAUCCGUAUAAGGUAUAUCCGUAUUAUUUAUCCGGAGUCGGUUAUUUGAUGUCGUUACAAGUGGCAUUAAGAUUGUACGAAGAAGCAUUCAGCAUACCAAUUAUACACAUGGAAGACGUUUAUAUUACUGGGUUGUGCGCUCGACGAGCAGGUAUUCGUCCAGCUCGACAGUUCAUGUUUCAGUACCAUGAAUUAACUAACGUUGUUUGCUCGAUGGAAGACGAUUAUUUGAUAGUGCACAGUCAUCAAGUAUCGUACGAUGAUAUGUACCACAUUCAUAAUAAGUUGGUUGCUUGUAAAACGCCGGAAAACCGGACUUCGGUGUUUAAUUGGUUUUUCUUACGUACGUUUAGUGGGUCUAGACGAAAAAUCAAUCCCAAGUUCGACGUGCAUUCUAGUGAAUCUUAUUCGUAUACGUGUAAAUGAGGAAAAUAGGCCUUGAAAACUUGAAGCUUAUUAGCUGAUGGUCAUUUAAGAGAGGCGUAUGCUACUUUAUCAAGAUGACUACAUAUACUUCUUCCUUUUAUUUUAUCAAUUAGUAUCAUCGUGAUUACAAGCGCAUCGUAAACGGGAUCAGGGUAUUUGAGAUUUCGAUUAGGUUUUUUUUCUCAUUAUUUUGUGUAAUCUCCGCGUGUACGUGUUUUCUUUUUGUUUGUCUGUUUUACUCUUUUUGUCGUUUUAUAAUUACUAUUUUUAUUUAUUGAAUUGGUUUUUGGAUGGUUAACCUUGAAAUGAAGUGUAACAUUGCGAGCUGUACAGCAUUCCAGUUUGAUUUGUUCCUUCUAUUCCUGAACUCGACAUUCCACAAAACAAUAAAAUGUUGACAAUAUUGAAGGCAAAUCGAAACGAUAAAUUUCGUUUUGAUUAAAAUUAAAAUCAAUUCUAUCAAAUUCUAUUUCGAUCUAAAGGUUGCCAUUCUCGAAUCUAUGGUUGUUGAUCCAAUGUAGCUUUCUCAAAAUCAUAAUGUUAGCACAAAUUUGGAAAUUUUCGCCACAAUUCAAAUUUUAUUUUUAAAAAAGAACGUACUUAAUCGUUGUGUGAUCUCAGUAUUGAUAUUAUGUGAAUCAGAUGUUGUGUUUUGAAUGAAAGCUUGAUAUCAUAGAAUUUUUCGAUGUAUUACGUAUCUGUAUUUUCCCACGUUUCAAUUUUGUAGUGAGAUAUGUAGCUUGUUUUUACGUACAUAAUUUUAAAUCUUGUGAUUUUUUGAAGUUAGAUUUCGGCACGCUGCAAACCAAAACGUCAAUCUAUCGAUGAAAUUUAAAAAAUGAGUUACGUUUUGUAAUGAAAGCAAUUAGUAUUUUUGGAAAACCUAUUCAUUUGAUUAGGCUUAUCUGUAUCUGAAACAAUAAGAUCUAUUAAAAAAAUGAUGAUUUCGAAUGUGAAAAGAAAGAUCUGUUGAGUAAUUGACAUAAUUCUUCUCAAGGCGUUACGACGUUCGUAGUUUUUUUCUUUUUUCUUCUUUUCUAGUCAGUUGUAAAAAAAAAUUGAAAAAAAAUAGUGUUAUGGGUUCAUUAGAUACGUAAUUAAUCUCUCUACUUACAAAAUGUACAAUAAGUACUUACAAUGGGUGCAUGUGUGUUAGAAUUAUUCAUAGCUCAAUUUUUUUCUCUAGUCAAAAUUUUUACUUAAUUAUCACAUUAUUUUUAUCGUGUACGUAAUGUUUUAUUAGAAACUCGAUUUUGACUAAUUCCAAUUCAAUUAUUCUGUUACCUGUUGAUUUUUUUUGAUAAAAUUGCAGCGUUUCAAUUUUUAGUUGCUAAUUUAGUUGACUCUGUUUCUUCAAUGCAUACAAAUUCGAUUAACUUUAAAAUCUACUUUCAUCAAUUUUGCUAUUUUAGUAUGAGUUUUAUUCGUAUUCUCAACUUAUGUGAUUUAUUGUAAGUAAUUUUGAGCUAUUUGUUUUUAUUUUCUUGUUUGUGUAUAGUACAUACUUAAAUUUUGUUAUUGUAAAUAAGGUGCUGAUUUUUUUUUCUCGUGAUUCAUUUUGAAUUUCCGGCAAUUCAUAUCCCAUUCGCGAUGUUCGGCGAUUUCUGUAGAAUGAGUAGAGAAUAGAGAUGAUUUCAGUCGAAUAGUCGAAUUGUUCUCAACAAAGGAAGAUAUCCCCACCAUCAGAAAAAUGAUUGAACAUAACUUGAAAAACGAAAGAGCAGCAAAAAAACUCCUAGAGACGUAACUAAAUUUCAUUUUUUUAUUUUUUUGCAAAUUUUUAAAACUUUAAAUUGAAUCUAUUUUCUACUCUGCAUUUUCAAAAUUCGCCUGAAAUCGAUUAAUAAAAAUUUGUUUCCAGGUGGGGUAUUUUUAAAUGAUUGUUCUUUCGACUUUUCUUCCUAACAUUUUUCAUGUUUGGGAUACCUUUAUUAGAAGGAGCAAGUUUUUUUUUCUGAAAUCGGCACCUUCGAGUAAAAUGUCUAUCAAUUGUUUGAUAAUGUUAUACUUGUUAUAAUUUCUAUUCUUGUUUUAGAGCUUCGUGUAGAUAAUUCAUUGUUUGAAGAUUGCAAAUUAUGUUUUUUUCAUUUUAUUUAUUAUUAUAUCCCCCCUCCCUAUUUGUUUUUGGUACCGUAAAACUGAGUAAAUCAGAUAGCAAAAUUGUAUUUCUUUCACGGGAAGCUGUCUUUUUUUAUAACUCCCUCGUCUUAGGAGAUUUUACUGUCGAAUGAUUUGUUUAGUUUUUAACUAAGUUUAAAUAUCUUAAAAUUCCAAAGUUAUAAUUUUUAUGAACGCACAAUUAAAAAGUGAACUUUUCUGUUUUCUGUUCACUUUCCUUGGUGGAAUUAGGCAUCGUCUAAUUAACAAUUUUUGAUAUAAUUUAUCGUAUUUGAUUUACUUCAUGUUACGGUACUCAAUAUUUGUUACCGUAUGAUAUUACUUUAGGUGAAUUAUCGUUGUAACAACAAUGCCUAGCAUUGGAAUCUCGCUUGUAAAUAACUUCUCGUUUAUGUUAGAAAAUGCACGAAUUACCUAAAGUGAUUUUUACUUAAUUUUUUUUUUUUUCAACUAAUAUCUACGUAUCUUCGGGUGUAUUAUUUUUUAUUAUUUUUUUAAAUUCAAUAUUUAUAUUCUCGCAACUUGAUAAAACGAUGAAACGUCCAUAAUUUUUUGUCAUUUGUGCCUUUUGAAAUAUCGAAGUUGAUUUUUUUAAAUCUAUAAGAAAUUUCGAAACGUAACUUACACUUACCCCAAAUAUUGAACUAUCGAAGCGAAUUAUUUUUUAAUGCUUUACUAAUCGUUUACGUGGGUCUGUAAUACCGAUAUUACAGUCCAUCCGGCCUAAAAUAUUGAAGUUUUUUCUCUAAGUUGAUGUAUUUAUGUGAAGGUAAAACAGGUUUUUAAAAGAAAUUUUAGUAUUCAUAUUUUAAUUUUGUUACUUACUAUACGUUUUAUUAUGAUUUUACUCCUACCAUAAUUGGUAGUUUUAAUUUUCCUGUAGAGCUAAUUUAUGUAACGCAUUUAAUGUUUUUGAUGGGUAGGAGGGAAUAUUUAACAUAACUACCACGGAAUGGUGAUGUUUUUUUUACCUACUUAACUUACGCACAAUUCAAAUGUUGUUUGAUUUGAGCUUAUUAAUGUAUUGAUGAGACGUGCUUAAUUUACCUUUUGACGUAUCUACAUUACAUUUUCUUGUUACUGUAGCUGUAUUUUACAUUGUGUGUAUGCGUGUGUUUGAACAAAUUUUUGUAUUUUUAAAUACGUACCGAUACUAUGUACUUAAUUUUUAGUAAACUGUGACCGAUUUUGGUUUUCAAUGUACAUAACUUAUCCUAUAAUUGUAAUCUCGUAAAACUACGGAGUAUAGGAUCUGAAUAAGUAAACGCGUUUUCGAAGCCUACGUAGUACGUACUGAAUGGACUGAAGCCGUAAAAAUGUUUGAGUACAGUACGUUUAUGUGUAGGAUCUAUUUUUAUAAGUAUUUUACUACUUUUUUGCUGUUUCUGAAUCUCUCUGUCUCUUUCCUUUUCCUCCUCCUACCUGUUGUAUUUUUUUUUUUUUUACAAGUACUUAACUUAAUAUUCACGUAUAUGAAAUGGAAUUAAAGUAAAUAAUGAAGUUUCGAAGUUAUAUUGUAUUUUACAUAUGCGUAAAAAUAUCUUAACAAUGGCAAAAUUAGAAGUGAUAUUUUGUAGAAAUUAGAUUUUUGUGAUUGUAUUUCGCAAAAGUAUAGAAAGUUUCUGUGAUUUCUACAAUUAAAAUCAUUUUUCGGUAUACUUAGAAAAUCAAAUUGAAAUGUGAUUUUCACUCGUUAAAUUUAUAGUAUGUGAUUUUGCACUAGACGUUUCAUAGUAUGUAAUGUAACGUAAAAAAAAUCCAAAAUUGAUUAUUGUCGAUAUUUGGGCUGUUCUUAGCUACUUCAUUUAAUGAAUUGUCUCUUCUUGUACGUAUGUUUGUGUAUUUUAUUUUUAUUCUUUCUUAAUGUGGAUGUGUGCGCUUAUGAAAUUAUUAACAAAAAUGAAAACAACCUACAAGAUUAUGUGUGUAUGUGUGUGUGUGUUUUUUUUUAAUUUUUUGUUUGAAAUUUCAAUUACAGGACCAGGUUAUUGCAAAGUUUAUCUUAAAAGCCUAAUUUAUAAGAUGGAAACAUUUUUGAACACUGGAGAAUACGUAUCUUCUUACUAUCGAUGUACUUAAUUUUAGAAGACUGUAAACUGAAAAAUCUAGUCCUGUAAAAUUUUAGUGAUAAUGUUUCGUAAAGUUACUACCUAUUUAGCACAAAAUUACUGGUCUGUAUUCGUUUUAUUUUAAGUUGCAAAUGUGUACUUAAUAUCUUUUACUUAUUUUCCCUCCUUUUCAAUGUUCGUUUUCUUUCUAUUUUUUUUUUUUUUUUUUUUUUUGAAAUGAAAUUGUAUACAUUUGCCCAAAGAACAUACUUAAGAAUUCUCAUGUGAUUGAAGAAAAUUGUAUUUUAGCUCUCUCAUUAUCAGUUUCAUUGUUUUAUUCUCAAGUUUUAAUGUAUCGAUAUAAACGUAAUUAUUCAGAUGGGACUAAUAAUUUUAUUAUGUACGCUUUUUAAUUCUUUUUUGUUUUUUUUUGUGUGUAAAUUGUGCUCAAUUUUUGUAAUAGUAUCUGAAUCAAAUUUAAUAAUCAAAUACUUAGACUGCGUA